CUGCACUUCCUAUUCUUCCAAGUGAAUGCGACUGUGCAACUGGACAAAAUGGAAGCCUGGACCAACAUCGUGGAAUCCUACGCUCCGCGAUCCAUCGAAUUCAUCGGAACACUCCUCGUUCAACUACUCACAUUUUGGCUACCAUCGCUCUACUACCUCUCCCUCGACGCCUUAUUCCCCUCCUUCUCGCAACGUCAUAAAAUCCAACCGGCCCUGAAACAACCCACCGGAAAAGACAUCCGGCACUGCGUCGCGGUAGUCGCGAAGAACCAACUCCUCUCCACGGCCCUUCACUUCCUCCUAAUCACAGCGACGACCUACGCCGGACUCCCGUCGUCCUAUCGAAUCGAAACCACCCUCCCAACCCUCCUCGAAUUCACCCGCGACUUCAUCAUCAGCCUCCUCCUCCGCGAAGCCCUCUUCUACUACAGCCACCGCUUUCUCCACAGACCAUACUUUUACGUCCGCAUCCACAAGCAACACCACCGCUUCACAGCGCCAAUCGCGUUGGCAGCACAAUAUGCACACCCCAUCGAACAGAUCUUCGCAAACAUUCUACCGAUAACUCUCCCCCCGCAGAUCCUGAAAAGCCAUAUAUUCACAUUCUGGGCGUUUCUGGGGUACGAGUUGUUUGGGACGGCGACGGUGCAUAGUGGGUAUGAUUUCUUGAGAGGACAGGCGAGGAUGCAUGAUUUGCAUCAUGAGAAGUUCAAUUUGAAUUAUGGGUCGAUGGGGGUGUUGGAUUGGGUGCAUGGGACGGAUCGGUUGAGGAAGAGGGAGUAGCUGCUGUUGUACAUGGGUGUUCGCAUUCACGAUAUAUACCCCGGAGUGUUACUCCGCAUCUGCACUGUACAUAGCAGAAUCAAUUGAUUCCUAUCCUAUCAGUUUACCAAGGGUACAUCCUCGUAAUGAAAGCAACGCCUGCGAUCUAGUUCCAAGCCCCCAAGACCCCAAGCCUCCUGAUUACCCCUAGAGUCUUGGUACAAAGUACAGACUGCCAGCGCCAAUAUACAACCGGACUUGCCAGGAACAUGUUUGCUGCAAUAUGGUAAGAAUAAGGGUCUGCUGUACUCCGUAGCGCAGGGUACUCCGUCCAGUUGUGAUUACAAU